AUGACGGCGGAGCAGAACAUUCUGUUGGACCCCAGCAUCCGGGACUGGGUGCUGCUGCCUUUGAUUAUGAUUGUCCUAUUCAUGGGUGUGCUGCGCCACUACGUGACCAUUCUCAUGAACUCCCCCUCCAAGCCAAAUAUGGCCCGCAUCUGCAAUGUGAACAUUCAAAACUACGGCCGCAUACUGCUCAGCAGCGGUGCUGCACUGUCACCCGAGUCCUUCAAGCACCGGGCGGAGCGUAUGCUGAACGGCAUGUUGAAGAAGGAGGUGGAUCCGGUCAACCCGAUGGAGAUGAUGAACGACCCGAAUGUCAUGAUGGGUUUGCUCAAGAACCAGUUUAUGAUGAUGGUGCCGAACAUUGGUAUGAUGAUGCUGGUCUCAUACUUCUUCUCCGGCUUCGUGGUCGCCAAGUUCCCGUUUCCAUUGUCGCAUCGCUUUCGUGAGAUGAUGCAGCGUGGACUCGAGAUAGACGUGCUCAACUGCAACUACGUCACCUCCCUCAGCCUCUACUUCCUCAUCAUGUCCGGCAACCAGGGUCUGCUCCAGCUGCUGCUCGGCGAAGAUGUCGAGUCGGAAAACCAUAGUGCGAUGAUGAUGCAGCAGAUGCCGCAAGCGUCGGGGCAACCAGUGGACUUCGCCAAGGUGUUCAAGCAGAUCUCUGAUGAGUUGGCGUUUGUGAAGGACCAUCACCGAUGGAGCUACGAAAAAGCGCCAGACGUCCUUCUGAAGAAUUGGCGUUCGCAGAAGCGGGCGAAGGGAAUGGCGGUGAAACGCCGAUAA